AUGGCACAAGGAGGAGGCAAGAAAUUCGCGAGCGACACGGUGACGGUGAACACUUACUUGUACCUCCUGUCCAAUCUGACCCAGGACGAGAAGAUUCACAUCAUGCAAGACAGAGACGAGUUCAUCCGCUCCUGUACCUACGAGGGCGUCGAUUGCAGAAGCUAUUUCUUGCCGUACGUGAACACGACUUACGGAACCUGCUAUUCCUUCAACCUGAUUCUUAACAACGACUCUGAUCCGUCCUCCGGAUCCAGAAGAACUGUCUUCACCGGCCCACCUUAUGGACUGGAUCUGGAGCUAUAUCUGAAUGCAAGCGAGUGGCCAUCGAGUGCGCUGUCAUCGCGGGGCGGCGUCCGUGUCGUCAUCCACCGACCCGACAGCCUCCCUUCCCCCGAGGAAUCCGGAUUCGAUGCCAGAGCCGGCUCUGCCACGAAUGUUGCUCUCAGACAGGUGGAAGUGUCCAGGUUGCCUUACCCAUAUGAACACGACUGCUACAGUGCCUGGGAAAAGUGUGGAUACUAUCCGAGUAACUCCGGUAACAUCUCUUAUGACGUCCAGAUGUGCAGGCGGAUGUGUCUGCAGGCGACGAUGGUGGGGAGUUGCAAGUGCAAAGUCCCCUACAUCCAAGACUACUUCACCUUCUCGAACGGGACGCUGAACGCAAGCCGAGUUUGCGACAUCCAGGCCUACAAGUCUCUUGGUAUUCACCUUUUCUUUGAUAUAACCCCGGACAGAGUUCCAAAGGUGUGGGACCGGGUGAGUUCACUGGCCGGGAUAUUGUCUCCCUCGUCCACACCGCAUGGAGUGGUGUGGGGAGACGCGCUCAAGUCCAUGGAUUUGACUCAAAUACGACAGAACGGAAGCGGAUCGAUAAGCACGGAGGUGGUGAAACUGCUCAUCUACUUUUCGUCGGUCACCCAGGAAACGAUGGAAGAAAGCCCCGCCGUCACCAGUAUCACACUGUUGAGCAACCUGGGAGGAGCGCUGAGCCUGUAUUUGGGGAUCUCCCUCGUCAUGUUCCUGGAAAUCAUCGAGAUCAUCCCGAUGAUCGCCCUGGCCUACAUCAGCAAGUGCUUCGGAAUCGGCCACAAACCGCCUGAGGAUCCCCCGCCCAGGAAGCGGGUGCCUCGUCGGAGAGCGGAACACCCGAUCGCCUCGGCAUGGGGAAUGAAGCCAAACUGA